CAGGGGGCCAUGAGCGUCCUGCUCCCCAACAUGGCGGACUUUGACACCAUCUACGAGCUGGAGGAAGAGGAGGAGGAGGAGGGCGGCGAGGAGUCCGAAACUGUGGUGAGGAGCCAGGAGCUGCCGCGGCCCCGGGACGCGCCCGAACCCGUGGCUGUGAGGGGCGCCGGGCAUAUCACUGUGUUUGGCUUGAGCAACAAGUUUGACACAGAAUUUCCCUCUGUUCUGACAGGGAAGGUUGCCCCUGAAGAAUUCAAGACUAGUAUCAGUCGUGUGAACACGUGCUUAAAGAAGAAUCUCCCCAUCAGUGUAAAAUGGCUUCUCUGUGGCUGUUUGUGCUGCUGUUGUACGCUGGGGUGCAGCUUGUGGCCUGUUGUAUGUCUUAACAAAAGAACUAGAAGAUCAAUUCACAAGUUGUUAGAAUGGGAAAAUAACAGAUUAUAUCAUAAGCUUGGUUUGCACUGGAAGUUGAGCAAAAGGAAAUGCGAAACUAGCAAUAUGAUGGAGUAUGUAAUACUAAUAGAAUUCUUACCAAAAUAUCCCAUAUUUCGGCCUGACUGAGGAGCAGUGUUACCUUUCGCGUUACCUGUCAUUUCCUAGCCGUAGUGCCUUGUAGGAGAUGUUGGAGAGAAGAUGGUCUGCUUUGCUGUGAUUUUUUUCAAAAAUGUGUUCUUUGGCAGAAUAUCUUCUUUGCUAUGUUACUUUCUUUUGUUUUAAGAAGAAAACAAUUUGCAC